UAAUAAUUUUUUUUGUUUUUGCAUAAUACUUCAUAUUUAUAGAGUUAUAGCAAUUUUAAAACGCAGUCGGACGACUGAUUAUUUAAACGCGACGGAAUUGCCCGAACUCGAAAAUGACGUCAUGAUGUUACUGCCGAAUGCUGCCGAAAGCAUAUAAUACGUAUUGUACAUUCGGUUGAUAUUUAAUAUAGACCGUAAUAUCAUAACAAGAUAUAAACAUGAGCAAGUUGACUGGAUUAAAAAGUUAUCGAUGCUUUUGUACCUUUGUGCAAAAACAUCACGAAAAAUGCAUCCAGUAAAGUGUUUGUGACAGUCUCACGCGAAGAAGUAACGAGAAGAUUAUGGUUUCGAUUGGCACGACGUCCGAAUGACCAACAAAAUCAAAUUAUUUUUGUUGCGAGAAUCAUUUUGUUCUCAAAGAUGACAUAGAUAAUUACAUUCGCUACUCUUUAAUGAGUGGGCCCAUAAAAUUAAAAUCUGGAGUUGUGCCACAUAUUUUUACUUGCCAAUCCAAUAGAAAACGAACUACAGAUCAGUCUCUUAGCGUUGUUUCUGAGAAACGAAGACACAAAGCAGAGAUUGCAGUUAUUUUGGCUACAAGCUCUUUGUUACCUGAUACUACAGUCAAAGAAAAUAUAACACCUAAUAUUCUUACAGUUGAGCGAUCGAAGAAAACAUUUUCAAUCGCUUCACGCUUGAAUGAAGAGACGGGAGCGAGAAGGAUGGGCUCUCGCUGUCUUACAAUUAGUCACCUUCGGGUGACUAACUAACUUGCGCCAAGCGUAAAAAAGAUAGCGAGAACAUAGUAUGAGGAAGCCAGAGAGCUAUUCCAUCGCCUAAAAUAGGCCUUACUAGUCGAAGCACGAUCGCACACGGAUAUGGACUCAACCUUUUGCGUGUGUUGCGUGACGUCACGACAGUGGCAACUCGACUGCCGCUUGCCGGUGUAUCCGCGUAUCUCCAUAACACAUAACGUAAAAUGCCAUAACAAUAAGCACUAAACUGUACAGUAUAAUUAGAAUAUAUUGAUAACUAUUUUAGCAACCUGACUUCUCUAAAAUUGUUAAGUA